UUUACUCUCAUUUCUCGAACUUUUCCCAUCUCUGACCCGUUUUGACCUUCUCUUUCAUUUAAUCCUGCAUGCCACCUUCUAUACUGUCUCCGACCUCAAUAGAACAGUCCAGUAGUAUAUAUAUUCUCUUUUAUGGCAUAAAAUAUAUUCAUUGACCUUCUCUUAUCUCUUAUUGUCACCCUUUUUAAGGCCUCUUAUUUAAAACGCUCUGCAAAUUUAUACCAACUUCCAACACACCGUAAUCAAUAAUCAAGAAACCUCAUUUUAAGCUCCAUGAACUCCUUCACAUGCAAUCCACCGCCAUGAAUAAAAACUUACACUUGCAUGUCUUUAUAACCCAUCUUCAGUCCCUUUUUUCUUUAUUUGGUUACUCUUUUUCACUGAAGAAGACAGACAUGGCUUGUAUUAAGCAGGUUCUAUCUGUUCUUAAUGUUCUUCUUCUAAUGCAUUCUUUGUUCGGUUUUGUUAUUUGUCAAAGUAAUGAAUUUUCAGUUCUUUUGGAAGUGAAAAGAUCUUUUACCGAAUACCCACAAAAUGUUUUGCAUGAUUGGAAUGAAAGCAGCCCAAAUUUUUGUACAUGGAAUGGAGUUACUUGUGGGCUCAUGAACAACUCGGUUAAUGACUCGGUUAGAGUUGUCAGUCUAAACUUAUCUGAUUCUUCAUUAUCUGGUACAAUAUCACCUUCUUUGGGUCAUUUACAGAACCUAAUCCAUCUUGAUCUUUCUUCUAAUAAUCUCAUGGGUCCCAUCCCAACUGCUCUUUCAAAUCUUUCUUUAUUGGAAUCUUUGCUUUUGUUCUCAAACCAACUCACUGGUUCCAUUCCAACUCAACUCGGUCGACUCAGUAAUCUCCGAGUCAUGAGAAUCGGUGAUAAUGGACUCACUGGACCUAUUCCUACUUCUUUUGGUAAACUUACGAAUUUGGUGACUCUUGCUUUGGCCUCGUGCAGCCUAUCUGGUCCAAUACCUCCUCAACUCGGUCAACUCACCCGAGUUGAAAAUUUGAUCCUGCAACAGAACCAGUUAGAGGGACCGAUUCCUGCCGAGUUAGGGAACUGUUCAAGCCUUACAAUCUUUACAGCAGCUCUCAACAAUCUAAAUGGAUCAAUCCCAGUGGAAAUGGGUCGUUUACAGAAUCUUCAACUCCUAAACCUGGCAAAUAAUAGUCUUUCUGGGGAGAUUCCCAGUCAACUCGGUGAACUGAGUCAACUCGUUUAUCUGAAUUUACUUGGUAAUAAUCUUGAAGGAGCUAUUCCAAAGUCUAUGGCUAAACUGGGUAAUCUUCAGAAUCUUGAUUUGUCUAUGAAUAAGCUGACCGGAGGCGUGCCAGAGGAGUUUGGCGAUAUGGGUAAUCUUGUUUACUUGGUUUUAUCAAACAACAAUCUUUCUGGUGUCUUACCAAGAAACAUAUGCUCAAAUGCUACUAAUUUGGAGAGUUUAAUGUUAGCAGAAAUUCAACUUUCUGGACCAAUUCCAAAAGAAUUAAGCCUUUGUAAAUCCCUGCAACAGCUUGAUUUGUCCAAUAACACACUUAACGGGUCAAUACCCAUUGAAAUUUUUUCACUACCUGAAUUGGCCUAUCUUUAUCUCCAUAACAACAGUUUAGAGGGUUCAAUAUCUCCUUUAAUAGCAAAUCUCUCCAACCUCAAGGAGCUUGCUUUAUAUCACAACAAUUUUCGAGGUAAUCUGCCAAAAGAAAUUGGAAUGCUGAGCAAUUUGGAAAUUUUGUAUCUUUAUGACAAUCAGCUAUCAGGGGAAAUUCCAGUGGAGAUUGGAAAUUGUUCAAAUUUGGAAAUGGUGGACUUUUUUGGAAAUCGUUUUAGUGGAGAAAUACCCAUUUCAGUUGGGAAGUUAGAAAGAUUGAAUUUGCUCCAUUUGAGGCAAAAUGAGCUAGUGGGUAAAAUUCCUUCUAGUUUGGGUAACUGUCAUGAACUGAUAAUUCUUGAUUUGGCAGAUAAUGAUCUUUCUGGUGGAAUUCCUGAAAGUUUUGGAUUCCUUCAGGAUUUGGAACAGUUGAUGCUUUAUAACAAUUCUCUUGAAGGUAAAAUACCUGAUUCACUUACCAAUUUAAAAAACUUGACCAGAAUCAAUCUGUCUAAAAACAGAUUGAGAGGUAGCAUUUCCGCAUUAUGCAGCUCGAGGUCCUUUCUAUCAUUCGAUGUCACAGAUAAUGCAUUUGAGCAUGAAAUUCCUCCCCAGUUGGGGAAUUCACCUUUCCUUGAAAGGUUAAGAUUAGGAAACAAUAAUUUUUCAGGGAGAAUUCCCUGGACAUUGGGGAAAAUUCUCCACUUAUCGCUAUUAGACCUAUCAGGAAAUAAGCUUACGGGUCCAAUUCCUGUUCAGCUUAUGUUGUGUACUAAAUUGACCCACAUUGAUCUGAACAACAACCUUCUUUCUGGGUCUAUACCACUGUGGCUUGGCAGGUUGCCCUUGUUGGGGGAGCUGAAGCUUUCCUCGAAUCAGUUUUUUGGACCUAUUCCUGUGGAGUUGUUUAAUUGUUCAAAACUUUUGGUGCUUUCUCUUGAUGGUAAUUUACUGAAUGGAAGUCUUCCUGCUCAGAUUGGAAAACUGGAAGUGCUUAAUGUGCUUAAUCUUAACCAUAAUCAAUUGUCAGGGCCAAUCCCUCAGAUGAUUGGUAAGCUAAAUAAAUUGUAUGAACUUAGGCUGUCUAAUAACAGCUUUAGUGGUGAAUUACCGGUUGAGCUUGGACAAAUGAAGAAUCUUCAAAUCAUGUUGGAUCUCAGCUACAAUAAUCUUUCUGGUCAAAUCCCGCCUUCCAUUGGAACAUUGUCCAAACUUGAAGCUCUUGUUCUGUCCCACAAUCACCUUGUUGGAGAAGUCCCUGUACAAGUUGCAGAAAUGAGCAGUCUAGGCAAACUCGAUCUAUCUUUCAACAAUCUUCAAGGGAAAUUAGGCAAGCAAUUCUCACACUGGCCAGCAGAGGCAUUCCAGGGAAACUCGCAACUUUGUGGGAGUCCUCUUCAUCAAUGUGAUGAGUUUGGUUCUGGUAAUCAAAGGUCUGGCCUAAGCGAAUCAACUGUGGUAGUAAUCUCAGCUUUUACUACCUUAGCUGCAAUUGCUAUACUUGUACUAGGACUUGCUCUUUUCUUCAAACACAAGCGAGAGUCUCUCAGACGAGGAAGCGAAUUAAGCUGCAUUUACUCUUCUACUUCUUCAAAAGCACAGCGGAGACCACUUUUCCAAAAUGGCAGCACUGCAAAGAGAGAUUUCAGAUGGGAAGACAUUAUGGAAGCUACAAAAAAUUUAAGCGAUGAGUACAUAAUCGGCUCAGGGGGAUCUGGAACAAUCUACAAAGCUGAAUUGCACACUGGGGAAAUAGUAGCAGUCAAGAGAAUACUGUGGAAAGAUGAUUUUCUCCUUAACAAAAGUUUCACAAGAGAAGUAAAGACACUUGGGAGAAUUAGGCACAGGCACUUAGUGAAGUUGCUCGGAUAUUGUACUAACAAGGGAGCAGGUUCUAAUAUGUUGAUAUACGAGUAUAUGGAGAAUGGAAGCGUAUGGGAUUGGCUGCAUCAACAACCAGUUAACAGCAAGAAGAAGAAAAGCCUGGAUUGGGAGGCGAGGUUAAGGAUAGCUGUCGGAUUAGCUCAGGGAGUAGAAUAUCUCCACCAUGACUGUGUCCCAACUCUAAUCCACAGAGAUAUCAAAUCGAGCAAUGUAUUACUUGAUUUGAAUAUGGAAGCCCAUUUGGGGGAUUUUGGAUUGGCAAAGGCACUUGUGGAGGAUAAUGACUCUAAUACAGAAUCAAAUUCCUGGUUCGCUGGUUCAUAUGGCUACAUUGCUCCAGAGUACGCAUACUCGCUCAAGGCGACAGAGAAGAGUGAUGUUUAUAGCAUGGGAAUCGUGCUGAUGGAACUUGUGAGUGGAAAAAUGCCAACAGAUGCAUCAUUUGGUGUUGAGAUAGAUAUGGUGAGAUGGGUAGAGAAGCAAAUGGAAAUGGAAGGGUGUAGUCGCGAAGAGUUGAUAGAUCCUGAAUUGAAACCAUUAUUACCAGGUGAAGACGCUGCAGCAUAUCAAGUGCUUGAAAUUGCUUUGCAGUGCACUAAAACUAGCCCACGAGAGAGGCCAUCAUCGAGGGAAGCCUGCGAUCUGCUCCUGCAUUUGUUCAACAAUAGAAUGACAGAUUUUGAGAAGAUGAAUAUGGAUGCUUAUAAAUAGUUGUUGAAAAUUAUUAUUUUGAGUGAAGUUGAAGUUUACAAUAAGACCUCUAAUUAGUUCUCUAGAUCCUACGCUAACUUCACAGUCUUGUUUUGAUUAUGUUGUCUACUCAGGAAAAGAAGAGUAGAAAUUGUUAUCAUUAUUUGGUGUAUCUAUAUUUACUAGCAUUGAGGAAUUGCACAAGAUUUUCUCUUUAA